GAAUAGGAUGGACAGGGACAGUGUAGGCAGAGCGCUGACAACCUGCUAAGCUCCACGGGGCCGGCGGGAGGUGGCAGGUUGGGAGGGAGGGGGAACGGUGUUCGCGGCAUCUGGAGUCAUCGAUCUUCCUUUUCCUUCCUAAUUUCGUGGGCGCUGAGUUUGCAGACGGAGGAGGCAAGGGCCUCUAACCCUGGGGCUGCAGACGGGAAUCGUAGAGAAAAAAAGCGGGGAGGGGGGAGAACUACAAUUCCCAAAAGGCCACAAAGGGGCCACCACUACGCAUGCGUAGAUUCCUCCCGUUAGCCUUGGCGUCUCAGCGCCCUCUUCUCGCGCAUGCGUUCUCCGAACGGUCGUCUUCCGACAGCUUGCUGCCCUAGACCAGAGUUGGUGGCUGGACCUCCUGCGACUUCCGAGUUGCGAUGCUGUACUUCUCUUUGUUCUGGGCGGCUCGGCCUUUGCAGAGAUGUGGGCAGCUGGUCAGGAUGGCCAUUCGGGCUCAGCACAGCAAGGCAGCCCAGACUCAGACUGGGGAAGCAAACAGGGGCUGGACAGGCCAGGAGAGCCUGUCGGAGAGUGAUCCUGAGAUGUGGGAGUUGCUGCAGAGGGAGAAGGACAGGCAGUGUCGUGGCCUGGAGCUCAUUGCCUCAGAGAACUUCUGCAGCCGAGCUGCGCUGGAGGCCCUGGGGUCCUGUCUGAACAACAAGUACUCGGAGGGUUAUCCUGGCAAGAGAUACUAUGGGGGAGCAGAAGUGGUGGAUGAAAUUGAGCUGCUGUGCCAGCGCCGGGCCUUGGAAGCCUUUGACCUGGAUCCUGCACAGUGGGGAGUCAAUGUCCAGCCCUACUCCGGGUCCCCAGCCAACCUGGCCGUCUACACAGCCCUUCUGCAACCUCACGACCGGAUCAUGGGGCUGGACCUGCCCGAUGGGGGCCAUCUCACCCACGGCUACAUGUCUGACGUCAAGCGGAUAUCAGCCACGUCCAUCUUCUUCGAGUCUAUGCCCUAUAAGCUCAACCCCAAAACUGGCCUCAUUGACUAUGACCAGCUGGCACUGACUGCUCGACUUUUCCGACCGCGGCUCAUCAUAGCUGGCACCAGCGCCUAUGCUCGCCUCAUUGACUAUGCCCGCAUGAGAGAGGUGUGUGAUGAAGUCAAAGCACACCUGCUGGCAGACAUGGCCCACAUCAGUGGCCUGGUGGCUGCCAAGGUGAUUCCCUCGCCUUUCAAGCAUGCGGACAUUGUCACCACCACUACUCACAAGACUCUUCGAGGGGCCAGGUCAGGGCUCAUCUUCUACCGGAAAGGGGUGAAGGCUGUGGACCCCAAGACUGGCCGGGAGAUCCCUUACACAUUUGAGGACCGAAUCAACUUUGCCGUGUUCCCAUCCCUGCAAGGGGGCCCCCACAAUCAUGCCAUUGCUGCAGUAGCUGUGGCCCUAAAGCAGGCCUGCACCCCCAUGUUCCGGGAGUACUCCCUGCAGGUUCUGAAGAAUGCUCGGGCCAUGGCAGAUGCCCUGCUAGAGCGAGGCUACUCACUGGUAUCAGGUGGUACUGACAACCACCUGGUGCUGGUGGACCUGCGGCCCAAGGGCCUGGAUGGAGCUCGGGCUGAGCGGGUGCUAGAGCUUGUAUCCAUCACUGCCAACAAGAACACCUGUCCUGGAGACCGAAGUGCCAUCACACCGGGGGGCCUGCGGCUUGGGGCCCCGGCCUUAACUUCUCGACAGUUCCGUGAGGAUGACUUCCGGAGAGUUGUGGACUUUAUAGAUGAAGGGGUCGACAUUGGCUUAGAGGUGAAGAGCAAGACUGCCAAGCUCCAGGAUUUCAAAUCCUUCCUGCUCAAGGACUCAGAAACAAGUCAGCGUCUGGCCGACCUCAGGCAACGGGUGGAGCAGUUUGCCAGGGCCUUCCCCAUGCCUGGUUUUGAUGAGCAUUGAAGGCACCUGGGAAAUGAGGCCCACAGACUGGAAGUUACUCUCCCUCCCCCUACCUGGGCCAGUGAAAUAGAAAGCCUUUCUAUUUUUUGGUGCAGGAGGGAAGACCUCUCACUUAGGGCAAGAGCCAGGUAUAGUCCCCCCUUCCCAGAAUUUGUAACUGAGAAGAUAUUUUCUUUUUCCUUUUUUGGUAACAAGACUUAGAAGGAGGGCCCAGGCACUUUCUCUUUGAACCCCUGUCAUGAUCACAGUGUCAGAGAUGCGUGCUCUUUCUUGGGGAAGUUGGGGAGUGCCCUUCAGAGCCAGUGGCAGGCAGGGGUGGGUAGGCACCCUCCUUCCUGUUUUUAUCUAAUAAAAUGCUAACCUGC